CCAUGCCACCCUCCAUGGAGUCACAUUCACCGACGGACCGACCCUAAGACCCAGGAGCGCUAUUCGCUUUUCCGGCAACUCCUCGUCCUAUUUCAGCGUGGGGAAAUCGACAACCAUGGACUUGAGCAAGCGUGACGGGUUCACACUCACGGGGUACUUGAAACUGCUCUCAGGGACUCAAGCGCCGAUUAUGGAGUGGCCGGGGACGCAGGGCAAGUUGUUCGGAUUGAUGGUCUGGGCGUGGCCCAACUCUAAUCUCUACGUUAGUAUAACCGGUUAUGGUAAUCCAGGACAUAUCUUUGAUAUGCAAUUCUCUAACGGGGUUUGGAUGUUCUUUGGCCUAUCGUACGACAAAUCGUCAAGAAAAGUGAUUGGUUAUAUGGAUGGGGUCACCCGAGAGACGCGGGUGAAAUUUGAAAGCACGAGCGUUGCGCCAGAUACCUCCGCGAGCCUUGUAAACUUCGGUAAACGAGACCGUGGCGGCACAAGUGACCAUGACGGGGACAAGUUUCUGAACGGAGAGAUGAGCUGCGUCAUGUUAUUCGACCGGGGUCUGACAGCAGACGACAUGAAGAGAGCAAAGACCUUCUGUGAUAAUAACAACAAUGGGGGACAAGGCGCCACGUUUGAAUUCCACUCCAAAGCGAAGAUUCCAUCUGGAAGCAUUCUGAGGACGCACACAGACACCCCGACCAUAAUCAAGUGCAUGGACUUCUGUUUCAGGGACUCUCAGUGCGCGUCAGCCUCCUUCACCGACGCCAGCAAGACCUGCCUGACCUCAAGUGUGAACUAUUUCCUCCCCAAGGUGACGCUUCCUGCCGACGACCGCUUUGAACUUUACUGCCUGACGCGACCAGUUUGAUCAGCAGGGGCCAUUUGUUCAAAAGAACAAAAAUCACGUUAUCCCUACUAAACGGUUUAGUUGAAUUAAGUAACCUUAAGGACGUUGUCUCUUUCAGUUCAUCCCACCAAGACCUAACGGUGCCGUUAAAGCUUUAAUACGUGCUUUUUGAACAACUCAGCCCUGAGUUUUGCCAUGUUGAAAAAUGACAGAGGACGCAGAGAGGUGCAUUAAGAACUGACCCUAUGAUGGAGGACUUGUGUCCGCCUCUGUGCCCAACAUGGAAUGACGACUACUUCCGGUUGGCGCGGGAUAGCGUGGCACGUCAUAUUCAGCCUAGUUCCCGUCAUCGCACCUUUUUACAACCCUGUGAGAUCUUAUUGAUUACCAUUUGUAUUUUGGACAGCUUUAAGACACGUUAACUUAAUUGUAUAUCAAAGUCGAAUGUCUAACGCACAACACCAGUAUAUAUGGGUUCUUUUGUUCGAUUGUUCCUAGACUCCUACAAUCCAUCCCAGACUCCUGGGGCAUUCUAUCAGUCAUCUGAAAAAUAGUCUUCCUAUUGGGAAGGACACGAUCCAUCCACAGCAUCCGGAGUGUAGUGAAUAUCAAAUUCAAAUUCAAAUUUUAUUGAAAACCAAACAUAUUACAGAGUAAUACGUAGGUGGCAAGAUAAAGAACUGCGUAUUAGGUACAAACAGAGGAAGUGAAACAAAUUAUCACCUAGCUGUGAUCACCAACAGUGACAUUGACUGUCAGUACCUUGUCUUACUUACUUUGACCAGAGGCCAUCUGUUCAGAGUCAAACAAAGACAGAAGCAAUCGAAUA